UCAGGCAGUUUUGAAAACAGUCGUAGGACUCGUCUUGGCCUGUCGCAGGAGUGCGCACCAACAAGACCUUUCAUCGUGAGAUCCGAGACUUCAAGUUGCAGAUCAGUCGCCAGCUCAAAACAUCAAAAGAAACGGGCUUGAGUGGUGUAGUGAACACCAGGCAUUACGACCACCUUGGUGAAAUACACGGGGGAAGGGUUUGACUUUGAGGCGCUGUGGGCAUGCGCAGAGGAGAGCGGUGGGAGAAAAAGUUUUAUGCAGCUCAAUCUGAAUGAUUUGCAAAGGCGCAGUCUGAAGGGAGCGGACUCUGCGCUCCAGUUUCCACAGCACAGUCAGGAUUAUUACUGCAACCCUGCUGAAGAAAGAAUCAGGAAACAUGUGGUUACAUCUUGCAGCAGCGCUUAUAAGUUUAGGGGCAUGGGCUCUUGCACAGAUUCCCGAGCUGGGUGAUGUUUGCACAGAGGGGAGCUGUUAUCCUGCAACAGGAGAUCUGCUCAUUGGAAGAGCUGACCAACUUUCGGCCACCUCAACAUGCGGUAUUCAAAGACCUGAGCCAUUUUGUAUCGUCAGUCAUUUGCAGGAAGAGAAGAAGUGCUUUGUGUGCGAUUCCAGAAUUCCCUACAAUGAGCAGACGCACCAAGUAACCAGCCACGGAAUUGAAAAUGUCGUCACUACUUUUGCCCCAAACCGCCUCAAGACUUGGUGGCAGUCGGAAAAUGGCUUGGAGAACGUCACAAUCCAGCUAAACCUUGAGGCCGAAUUCCACUUCACCCACCUCAUCAUGACUUUUAAGACAUUCCGGCCUGCUGCCAUGGUUAUCGAGCGUUCAUCGGACUUUGGGAAGACAUGGCAGGUGUACCGUUACUUUGCCUAUGACUGUGAGACCUCCUUCCCCUCCGUCUCUCAUGGACCCAUGAAGAAAGUGGACGAUGUUAUCUGUGAUUCUCGCUACUCCGACAUUGAACCCUCUACUGAAGGCGAGGCCAUCUUUAGGGUUUUGGAUCCGGCCUUCAGGAUUGAUGAUCCCUACAGUCCCAGAAUCCAGAACAUGCUAAAGAUUACCAAUCUGAGGGUGAAGUUUACCAAGUUGCACACUCUGGGAGACAACCUUCUGGACUCCCGUAUUGAGAUCAAGGAGAAGUAUUACUACGCAAUAUACGACAUGGUGGUGAGAGGAAACUGUUUCUGCUAUGGUCACGCAUCUGAGUGCGCCCCCGUUGAUGGAACUGGAGAGGAGGUGGAUGGCAUGGUCCAUGGCCAUUGUAUGUGCAAUCAUAACACCAUGGGUUUGAACUGUGAACGCUGUCAGGACUUCUACCAUGACCUUCCCUGGAGGCCCGCGGAGGGACGCAACACCAACGCCUGUAAAAAAUGUAACUGCAACAUUCACUCUGAUUCCUGUCAUUUCGACAUGGCCGUGUAUCAGGCCUCUGGUAACGUGAGCGGCGGUGUUUGUGACAACUGUCAGCACAACACCAUGGGACACCAGUGUGAGCAAUGCAAGCCUUUCUUCUACCAGCAUCCGGAGAAGGACAUCCGCGACCCCAACAUCUGCGAGUCCUGUAACUGUGAUCCAGUCGGCUCUCUUAACGGAGGAAUUUGCGAUGCACUGACAGAUGUGUCUUUUGGACUCAUCGCGGGUCAGUGUCGCUGUAAGCCCAAUGUGGAGGGUGAGCGCUGCGACCAGUGCAAACAGGGCCACUUUGGACUCAGCGACGAUCCCAUGGGAUGUCCGCAAUGCGCUUGCAAUGCUUUGGGGACUGUUCCGGGUGGCAGCCCAUGCGAUACAGAUUCAGGAAACUGCUAUUGUAAGCGUUUGGUCACUGGACGGAAUUGCGAUCAGUGCUUGCCUCAACACUGGGGUCUCAGUAAUGACAUGGAUGGCUGCAGACCAUGUGACUGUGAUCAUGGAGGUGCCCUCAACAAUAAUUGCUCUCCUGAAACUGGCCAGUGUCAGUGUCGUGAGCACAUGUUUGGCAGACGCUGCGACCAGGUGGAGUCUGGUUUUUACUUCAUUGCUCUGGACCACUACACUUAUGAAGCAGAAGAUGCCAAGUUUGGACCUGGAGUAACGGUUGUCCCGAGAACCCACCCCCAGGACAGAUCCCCUACUUGGACUGGGAUUGGUUUUGUGAACGUUCCUGAAGGUGCCUACCUUGAAUUCAGCAUUGACAACAUCCCCUACUCUAUGGAGUAUGACAUCAUCAUUCGCUACGAACCUCAGUUGCCAGAACAGUGGGAGGAAGUGUUGAUGACUGUCAUCAGGCCUCGUGUUAUUACUGCUGACAGCCGCUGUGCCAACACAAUGCCUGAUGAUGACAACCAGAUGGUGUCUUUGCAUCCUGGAUCCAGGUAUGUGGUGCUGCCCAGGCCUGUGUGUUUUGAGGAGGGACUUAACUACACUGUGCGUUUGAGUCUGUCUCUGUACUCAGCUCUCAGUGAUAUCCAGUCACCAUACACGCUCAUUGACUCAAUUGUGCUCAUGCCACAUUGCAAAAACCUGGAUAUUUUCACUGGCUCUGGAUCUGAGGGUGGAGACUUGAUGACUAACAGUGCCUGGGAAACCUUCCAGCGGUACCGCUGUUUGGAGAACAGUCAAGCAGUGUUGAAAACCCCCAUGACUGAUAUCUGCAGAAACUACAUCUUUAGUGUGUCGGCUCUUCUGCACCAGGGAGUAAAAGAGUGUCAGUGUGACCCUCAGGGGUCUCUUAGCACUGUUUGUGACCCGAGUGGUGGGCAGUGCCAGUGUCGUCCCAACGUGGUUGGCAGGAACUGUGACAAAUGCAGCCCAGCUACCUUCCUAUUUGGGCCGCAAGGUUGCAGACACUGUGACUGCAGUCCUGAGGGGUCUGUCCACUCUUUUUGUCAUGAGUCCACUGGUCGAUGUGAGUGUAUUCCUGGAGCAUAUGGAAGGCAGUGUGAUCGCUGUUUGCCGGGACAUUGGGGGUUCCCAAACUGUCGCCCCUGCACAUGCAAUGGCCAUGCUGAGCAGUGUGACCUACACACGGGACAGUGCUUGUCCUGUAGGGACCACACCAUUGGACACAACUGCGAGAGGUGUUUAAGUGGUUACUAUGGUGACCCUGUCCUGGGCUCUGGAGACCACUGCCACCCCUGCAUGUGUCCUGAUGGUCCUGGCAGCGGUCGACAGUUCUCUGGCGCUUGCUAUAAGAGUCUCGACUCCAACCAGGUGUUCUGCGUCUGUAACCAAGGGUAUAAAGGUGCCAGGUGUGAAGAGUGUGCCCCUGGUUACUAUGGAAACCCACACGAGGUGGGUGGAGAAUGCCGGCCCUGUCAGUGCAAUAACAACAUAGACAUGAUGGACCCUGCGUCCUGUGAUGCCCGCACGGGUUCCUGUCUCAAAUGCCUGUACCAUACAGAGGGAGAGGACUGCAACCAUUGCAAGCUUGGUUACUAUGGCAAUGCGCUGACCCAGAGUUGUAGAAAGUGUGUGUGUAAUCAUAUGGGCACUGCUGAGGAAUCUUGCCCCUCUCUGGGUAACUGCAACUGUGACCUAAACAGCGGACAGUGCCACUGUCUGCCCAAUGUGGUGGGCCAGCACUGUGACCUAUGUGCUCCAGACACCUGGAAUAUGGCCAGCGGGAAAGGCUGUGAGGUCUGCGACUGUGACCCCAACCAUUCUUUGAGCUCCUCCUGUAAUGAGAUAAAUGGCCAGUGCUCUUGUAAAGCUGGAUUUGGUGGCAGAACCUGCAGAGAGUGUAGAGAACUGUUCUGGGGCAACCCUGAGGUCAGAUGCCACGCAUGUGACUGUGACCCUAGAGGCAUCGCAGAGCGCCAGUGCAACAAAGCUACAGGCCACUGUGUAUGCGUGGAGGGUGUGUCUGGACCCCGAUGCGACACAUGUGCUCGCGGCUACUCUGGAGAGUUCCCACGGUGCGAGCGCUGCCACCAGUGCUUUGCCGAAUGGGACGUAAUUGUGGGUGAACUCACCAACCAGACCCACAGACUGGUCCAGAAGGUCAACACCAUCAAAGCCAGCGGCAUCACAGGACCAUACCAGGCCACCAUCAAUAACGUCGAGAGCAGCGCUAACUCGAUCCGCGACAUACUGGCACAGAAUCCCGCCACUCAGCCUCUCACAGAGAUCCAGGGACUUCUUGAACAAGCUACUGCCCUAAUGGCUGAAAUGAACAAAAACCUUAACCUAACGGAAGAGGCAUUGUCCGAAAUCUCAUCAGAGAACAACAGCACAGACACCAAACUGAACUCUCUCAAAGAGGAAGCUCAGAAACUGGAACAAACAAUGAAAGACCUGCAGGAACAGGUGGAGUUUGUGAAGAACUCAGACAUUCGAGGGGCUAGAGCUAGUGUGAAUCAAUACUUCCUGCAGUCCGAGGAGGCAGAGGUCCGUGCGAACGCCUCAACCAGUGACCCAUACAACCUGGUCAAUCAGUCUUCUACUUUGCGGAAAGAGACAGAAGACUUGAUGAACCAGACAAAAAAAGAGUUCGAUCAAAGGCAGGAUGAUUUUUCUAAGAAACUGGACAACCUGGCUGGACAGCUUGAGACAUUGAAUCUCUCUGAGCUUAGUGAGAAGACAUGUGGUAGUCCAAUUGGCUCGGAGAACUGUGCCGACUCUCCCUGUGGAGGCCUGAGCUGUGUGGAUAAGGAGGGAAACAGGAAGUGUGGAGGAGAGGGAUGUAACGGCCUCACCACGCUGGCCCACAACGCCUGGCAGAAAUCCAAAGACUUCGACCUGGAGAUUACCAGCGCCAUGGAGGAAGUGGACAAGCUCUCCAAAAUGGUGUCGGAAGCAAAGGUAAAAGCAGAUGAAGCUAAACUAAAUGCCCAGGAAGUGCUAGAAAAGACCAACGAGACAAAAAAACGAGUGGAUGGAAGCAACGAGGAGCUUCGUCAACUCAUCAAACGGAUCAGAGACUUCCUCACUCAAGAUGGAGCUGACCUGGAGAGCAUCGAGGCUGUGGCUAAAGAAGUUCUGCAGAUGCAGAUGCCCACCACACCAGCCCAGCUGCAGAACCUGACAGCAGAGAUCAGGAGGCGUGUGGGCAGCUUGUCGGAUGUGGAGGACAUCCUUAACCAGAGUGCCGAUGACAUCCUGAGAGCAGAGAGCCUACUUGUACAAGCCCGCAAGGCCAGGAAAGAUGCCACGGAUCUAAAAGACACAGCUGAAAUGGUGAAGGAGGCCUUGCAGCAAGCCGAACGAGCACAGAGUACUGUAACCCAGGCCUUAAAACAGGCCACUGUGGACAUCAAGGGAACACAAGACCUGCUGGUCUCGGUGGAAUCGGAAACGUCUGACUCGGAGCUCAAACUGAGUAACGCCACCCGCAGACUCUUGAAGUUGGAAAGUGAUGUAGCUCUGCUGAGAGAAAAGACUCACAACACUUCUACCAGCAUCAACAACACUGAGAAAGAUGCUGAAAGCACCAACAAACUGGCUGAGCAGAUUAAAAAGAACCUGGAUUCAGAGCUUAAAGACAAGUACAGUACUGUUGAAGAACUGAUCACACAGAAGGCUGAAGGAGUGGCAGAGGCCAAGAAAAGAGCAGAGAAGCUCCAACAAGAAGCCAAACAACUGCUGCAACUGGCCAGAGACAAACUUCAUCUUCUGAAAGAUCUUGAGAAGAGCUAUGAUGAAAACCAGAGGCUGCUGGAGGACAAGGCCAAUGAGCUGGUGAAUUUGGAGAAGGCUGUGAAAGAACUGCUUCAGGAGAUCAGCCACAAAGUGACCGUCUACAGCACAUGCCUGUUUUAACAUUAACACCAACAGUCUGUACUAGGACAAUAAAUCAUAUUACCUCUUGUGACAGAUUUUUUAGAAGGCUCAGUGAGUUUUACAGUGGUUACAGCUUUCCACACACAUCUAUCUUUAGUCACUGUAAAACCCUUUUGAGACCACAAGUGAAUGUAAUUUGGAUUUUAAAAUAGAACAGACCAAAGACUGAAUGUAAGAUAUGCCCAACCUAAAUAUGAGACUGCAAUUACAAUGACAUUAACAUUGUGUCAAGUUAAAAUAAUGUAAAUGUGCCUACAUUUUCUACUUUUUACUUUUAUAAAUAUCUGUACCCAUUUGUAACUGUCAUGAAAAUGCAAACAGAAUAAACUCAUGUUAGCAAUACUA